AAGUGAAGAAAGAAGCCAAGUGAGAUUGGAACAAAACAGAGUUGGAGAUGGGGCUGGAGAUGUUAAUGAGAUCAAAGCAUUUUUAUGUUGGAAAGACAUGAACAAGUAAGCUAGAAAGGUGAGGGUGUGUGUGAAGGGAGGCAGGUUUUAAUAAAACAUUUUUGAACUGAUACGUUAUUUAUAGGCUAUGAAAAAAACAAGGUCUUCCCACGGGAGUGGCUGGAUGAGGCAGAAUGAUGAAGUUUUCUGGAGGUGAAGAGGCAAAGAGACGAGUGGCCAGGGCGUAGAAGGACUAUGAACAUAGACAUUGAUGGAAGGGCUGGAGAUAGAGAGGAAGACAAGGAUUCAUCAUCACCGAUGAGUGAACAGAAUCCCAGGAGGGGGUAGCAGUCAGUAAUUAGGAGAGGAAGAAUGAACUUUUAGAAAAUGUUCGUAAACAAGUGGGAGAGGCUGGAGGAGUGUGAUAUCAGUACUAUGGUUCUGAGUGAUCAGGUAAAAUAUAAUAAGGAAGCAAAUUUUGAAAUUUAUAGUAAGGUAAUUUCUUUCAUACCCAUAGACUGCUGAUCACCAAAGUUUUUCAAAUUAUAUACAGUUAUUUAUAUAUAUUAUGUACUAUGUUAUUAUUGUAUUAAAGUUAUAUAUAUAUUACUAUAAUAUGUUAUUAUAUUAUGCUAUAAUAAAUACAAUGUAAACACCAUACAAUAGUUUUUGAUAUCAGUCACCAUUAAAAUUAUUAAUUAUAAUUUAACCAAUGAGACCAAAAAUAUAAUUUCUAUUUUGACAAAUUUACAUACAGUUCUACAUAUCUGAUGGUACUUUUGUUCCAUAUAACUUCUAAUGCAAUGUGUAAUUUUUAUUCGUUUUUCUUUUCCUUUAAGACCUCAGACAUGGCAUGGGGACAUCCUCAUUAAGCAGUCUUUAAAUUCAAUCUUUUUCUCGUUUACUUUAAACAGGAAGAUUUUGAUUUAUGAAAUAUGUUUCAAGGUUAUCAAAGAUCAUGGCAUACAUAUUAAAGCCACAUUUUCACAGCCAAAUACUGAAAGGUAUUUUGUGAAGGAGGUAAACUAUAAAUAAGCAGCUGCAUGACAACUUCCUUUGUAGUUUUCCACAGACUCUGAUUAAAUGUCACUAUCAGAUGUUUGUUUUUAACCGAAAAUCUUGCCUGGAAGUUCUUAAACUGGGUAACCAGCAGUACACUUUUACUAAUUCCACUCUGCAAAAAUUUUACCUUGAUUCAUAUCUAUCAUUCUCCUACAAAAGUUUGAGAUUUAUUCUUCAGGUCGAGACAUUAAGAAGAAAAAGCAGCAAGCAACUGAGACUUCCUUUAUUGUCAGACCGUCAAUCUUCAGCAUGGCAAGUGAUAACUGGAAGUUUAGGAGUCUUGUGUGUCGUCUUGAUGACAACAGUGGGUAUCUUGCUUGCAAACUGUGGUCAGCAAAAACUUCUCAAAACAAGAUACUUGAACCGCAUUCCUAAGGAUGGAAUUAUGUCCAUCCCAAAAUAUAGGAUACAAAUCUUAAUAUGUUUCCAUUUCCUAAAAGUUUCCCAUGCUCUUUGUUUAGACCACUGGAUUGGAUUUAGAAAUAGUUGUUAUCAUCUUUUCAAAGAAUCCAAAACCUGGUCAGAAAGCUAUGCUGCCUGUAAAGAACUGAAUUCCCGUCUUAUGAAGAUACAUAUCAAGGAAGAGCUGAAACUCUUAACAUUGUUUGGAAUGGAAGGAUGGAUAGAUCUCAAAAUGAACAAAACUGAUGGGCCCUUGGUAUGGCAAGAUGGCACACAAAUGAACCAAAGCCUACUAAAAUUUCCUGGAAAGAAAAACCAUACAUGUGCAUAUGUAAGUGGAAUAUAUAUUUAUUCUGACAACUGUUCAUCCGGAGAAAGUUAUAUCUGUGAGCUUUGAAUAUCGCAGUAUUUGUUUCCCUAGCGUAUGUUCUUAUUGACUCUAACUAAUAAAAUAUUUACAAAAUAAUUGGUUUAUUUGUUUCUUUUAUAGAAUUUUUAUAAAAUGUUGCUAAAUAAUUUUUACUGUACUACACUCAGAAUAUUUAGUUAAAUUCUUGAGGCUUUUAGUUAUUUGAGAAUAAAGAAAAAUUACUACACAUAGA